ACUCCUCUCUCUUCUCUCUCUCUCCCUCUCUCUCUCUCUGUUCUCUCCUCUGUUCAAAAUUGAACAGAACAACAAAAGAAAAUGACUUCUACUGCUGCAAAUUAUCACUCUUCUUGGCCUAAAACACAACACCCCCUUUCACCAUCAUCAACUUCUUAUUCUUCUUGUUCAAAAUCCAUCUCCAUGAAAAACCUCACAAGAAAAACUAAAAUCAAUUCUGCUCUGCUCACUUUCCCAAAACAAACUAAUCCAAACCAAACAGUUCCCACAAAACAUUCACCAACUCAGCGUCAAAGCGAGCCAACGCCUAACUGGAAUAUCUUCCAGAAGGCAGCAGCAAAAGCACUAGAUAUAGUGGAAAGCGCGUUAGUCUCACGCGAACUACAAAACCCACUUCCUAAAACCGCUGAUCCACGUGUCCAAAUAUCCGGUAAUUUCGCUCCGGUACCGGAACAACCUGUCAGGCAUAAUCUCCCUGUUACGGGCACAAUCCCUGAUUGCAUUAACGGGGUUUAUGUCCGUAAUGGUGCUAACCCGCUCUUUGAGCCGAUUGCAGGACAUCACCUUUUCGACGGUGAUGGUAUGGUUCAUGCCGUCACCGUCGAAAAUGGUUUAGUAAGUUAUUCUUGUCGUUUCACUGAAACGACAAGAUUAGUUCAAGAACGUGAAUUGGGUAAACCUGUUUUUCCAAAAGCUAUUGGUGAACUUCAUGGUCAUUCUGGAAUUGCUAGACUAAUGCUUUUCUAUGCUCGUGGACUUUUCGGGCUUGUUGAUCAUAGCAAAGGAACUGGUGUCGCUAAUGCUGGAUUAGUUUACUUUAAUAAUCGGCUUUUAGCAAUGUCUGAAGAUGAUGUUCCUUAUCAGGUUCAGGUUUUGCCUUCAGGCGAUUUAGAAACUGUUGGAAGGUACGAUUUUGCUGAGCAAUUGAAGAGCACAAUGAUUGCUCACCCGAAAAUCGAUCCGGUUUCGGGUGAGCUUUUUGCUUUGAGCUACGAUGUAGUUCAAAAGCCUUACUUGAAGUCAUUCAGGUUUUCAACGGAUGGGAAGAAAUCACCUGAUGUUGAAAUCCCGUUAGAUGUCCCCACCAUGAUGCAUGAUUUUGCUAUUACCGAGAAUUACGUCAUAAUUCCUGACCAGCAAGUUGUGUUCAAGCUUCAAGAAAUGAUCAAAGGUGGUUCCCCGGUGAUUUACGACAAAAACAAGAAAUCCAGGUUUGGAAUUCUACCCAAAAAUGCUAAUGAUUCUGAGAAUAUUAUUUGGGUAGAAUCACCAAAAACAUUCUGUUUUCAUUUAUGGAAUGCUUGGGAAGAACCAGAGACAGAUGAAGUAGUUGUAAUUGGCUCAUGCAUGACACCACCAGAUUCCAUUUUUAAUGAAUGUAGUGAAAAUUUAAAGAGUGUUUUAUCCGAAAUAAGGCUCAACUUGAAGACCGGAGAGUCGACGAAACGGGAAAUAAUUCAAUCAUCAGAACAGAUGAAUUUGGAAGCUGGAAUGGUUAACAAGAACAAACUUGGUCGAAAAACGCAAUAUGCUUAUCUUGCUAUUGCAGAGCCAUGGCCAAAAGUGUCUGGAUUUGCAAAAGUAGACUUAUCAACAGGGGAAGUUCAAAAACAUAUGCAUGGAGAUAGUAGAUAUGGAGGUGAGCCAUUAUUUUUACCAAGAAAUGUGAACGCAGAGAGAGAAGAUGAUGGAUAUAUUCUUGCAUUUUGCCAUGAUGAGAAGACAUGGAAAUCAGAACUCCAAAUUGUGAAUGCUAUGACUCUAGAAUUGGAGGCCACUGUUAAGCUUCCUUCAAGAGUUCCAUAUGGCUUUCAUGGGACUUUCAUUAGCUCAAAGGACUUGCAAAAUCAAGUAUAGUAGUACUACAAAAAUUAUUGGUAUAUACGUACAUAUUAGAAGGGUAGUAUAGUAUGCGUACAAGUGUGUCAACAUGCCAUUUUCUUGGAAUAGGGAUUGGUGUUUGGGGUGUGUGUGGGGUUGAGACGGGAAAUUUUCAGAAACCAAGCUUGAAGCUUGUAGCACUAGAAAAGCUCAGAUGGUUUCUGUUUUUUUUUUUUUUUUCCCUGUUUGCCAAAUAUAUCUACUCUUAGGUCUUCCAUACACUUACUUUUGUCAUUGUAUAUGAGUGAAUAUCUAUACGUAUUGCAGUA